GGCAGGCUCUGUGCAGCUGUAGGAGGAGUUUGCAGUCACCUCCCCCUCUGAGGCGCUGCGGCCAGAUUCCCCCACUGAGGUACCACCCCAGCUACCAAGAUGUCCAGCAAACGUGCCAAAGCCAAGACCACCAAGAAGCGCCCCCAGCGCGCCACCUCCAAUGUCUUCGCCAUGUUCGACCAGUCGCAGAUCCAGGAGUUCAAGGAAGCCUUCAACAUGAUUGACCAGAACCGUGACGGCUUCAUUGACAAGGAGGAUCUUCAUGACAUGCUGGCUUCCCUCGGGAAAAACCCCACCGACGAGUACCUGGAGGGUAUGAUGAGCGAGGCACCAGGGCCCAUCAACUUCACCAUGUUCCUCACCAUGUUUGGGGAGAAGCUGAACGGCACCGACCCAGAGGACGUCAUCCGCAACGCCUUUGCCUGCUUCGACGAGGAGGCGUCAGGCUUCAUUCACGAGGACCAUCUGCGUGAGCUGCUGACCACCAUGGGAGACAGGUUCACUGACGAGGAGGUGGAUGAGAUGUACCGGGAGGCGCCCAUUGACAAGAAGGGCAACUUCAACUAUGUGGAGUUCACCCGCAUCCUGAAGCACGGGGCCAAGGACAAGGACGAUUAGAGCCCGGGGCCGCUCACCCCCUCUGCCUCCUCCUGCGCACCCCCUCUGCCCCUCGGCUCCCCUUGCUGCCCCACAGCAGGCUCCCCCCAUGGGAAACACCUCCCAGGACCGGCACCCC